CUUUCAGGAGCUGCUGGCUGUCAGUGUCCCUGUGCUGUUUGUUUUGCGGUGUUGAUGGCACAUUUAUGACAAGAAACACCAGACCCAACAUUGUCCUGCUGAUGGCAGAUGACCUUGGAGUGGGGGAUUUGUGCUGCUACGGUAAUAACUCAGUGAGCACACCUAAUAUUGACCGCCUGGCAAGUGAGGGAGUGAGGCUCACCCAGCAUCUCGCAGCUGCUUCCAUGUGCACCCCAAGUCGGGCUGCCUUCCUGACUGGCCGGUACCCCAUCAGAUCAGGGAUGGUGUCUCCCUACAACCUGAACCGUGCCCUCACGUGGCUUGGUGGGUCAGGUGGUCUUCCCACCAAUGAAACGACUUUUGCCAAGCUGCUGCAGCACCGUGGCUACCGCACGGGACUCAUAGGAAAAUGGCACCUGGGUUUGAGCUGUGCCUCUCGGAAUGAUCACUGCUACCACCCGCUCAACCAUGGUUUUCACUACUUUUACGGGGUGCCUUUCGGACUUUUAAGCGACUGCCAGGCAUCCAAGACACCAGAACUGCACCGCUGGCUCAGGAUCAAACUGUGGAUCUCCACGGCAGCCCUUGCCCUGGUUCCUUUUCUGCUUCUCAUUCCCAAGUUUGCCCGUUGGUUCUCGGUGCCAUGGAAGGUCAUCUUUGUCUUUGCUUUCCUCGCCUUUCUGUUUUUCACUUCCUGGUACUCUAGUUAUGGAUUUACUCGGCGUUGGAAUUGCAUACUUAUGAGGAACCAUGAAAUUAUCCAGCAGCCAAUGAAAGAGGAGAAAGUAGCUUCCCUCAUGCUGAAGGAGGCGCUCGCUUUCAUUGAAAGGUACAAAAGGGAACCUUUUCUCCUCUUUUUUUCCUUCCUGCACGUACAUACUCCACUCAUCUCCAAAAAGAAGUUUGUUGGGCACAGUAAAUAUGGCAGGUAUGGAGACAAUGUAGAAGAAAUGGAUUGGAUGGUGGGUAAAAUCCUGGAUGCCCUGGACCAGGAGCACCUGGCCAACCACACCUUGGUGUACUUCACCUCUGACAACGGGGGCCACCUGGAGCCCCUGGACGGGGCUGUUCAGCUGGGCGGCUGGAACGGGAUCUACAAAGGUGGCAAAGGAAUGGGAGGAUGGGAAGGAGGUAUCCGUGUGCCAGGGAUAUUCCGGUGGCCGUCAGUCUUGGAGGCUGGGAGAGUGAUCAAUGAGCCCACCAGCCUAAUGGACAUCUAUCCGACGCUGUCUUAUAUAGGCGGAGGGAUCUUGCCCCAGGACAGAGUGAUUGACGGCCAGAACCUAAUGCCCCUGCUGGAAGGAAGGGCGUCCCACUCCGACCACGAAUUCCUCUUCCACUACUGUGGGGUCUAUCUGCACACGAUCAGGUGGCAUCAGAAGGACUGUGCAACUGUGUGGAAAGCUCAUUAUGUGACUCCUAAAUUCUACCCUGAAGGAACAGGUGCCUGCUAUGGGAGUGGAAUAUGUUCAUGUUCGGGGGAUGUAACCUACCACGACCCACCACUCCUCUUUGACAUCUCAAGAGACCCUUCGGAAGCCCUUCCACUGAACCCUGACAAUGAGCCAUUAUUUGACUCCGUGAUCAAGAAGAUGGAGGCAGCCAUAAAAGAGCAUCGUAGGACACUAACACCUGUCCCACAGCAGUUCUCUGUGUUCAACACAAUUUGGAAACCAUGGCUGCAACCAUGCUGUGGGACCUUCCCCUUCUGUGGGUGUGACAAGGAAGAUGACAUCCUUCCCAUGGCUCCCUGAGACCAUGGGGACCACGUGUUACCCACCACAAACUUACUGUUACAAUGGUCAUAGGAGCAGAGCUCACCUGACUGAUUCAUUCCAUUUGGGAUAAAAACUGAUGGCCCAACUCAUUGUUUUAUCCUCAGAAAUCAGUUCUUUCAAGAGCUCGGUGAAAUUAAAGUGGGUCCAUAUAACAGUGAACCCGGAGGGGAACAUUUGUUGUAUAAUUUUUUUCUAGUAUAUAAUUGUGCCAUUGCCCAAGGAAAAGAGCAAAUCAAAGUGACUUCAGCAGAUUCUUGUAGAGCUUUUGUUCCUAGAAUUCAUGGAAGCAUCAGGUCCAAUGUCAUAAGUUAGAAACUUCUGCUUGCAGAUUCUAUACCCAGGCAUGCUAGCUUUCUAAUAAAUCAUGAUAAGUACUUAAUUUUUUCAUGAAGCAGAGGGUCACAUAAAACUUGAAGUAGUACUAUUAUAGUCAGUUUGACUUCUUGAUUUUCUCUCUUUCCUUCUUUUCUCUUCCUGUCCAAUACACAUCUGGUUAUGAGAAAAAAUGCUGGGCUGAAGUACUUGACUUUGCUUCCUCAUAGCUAUAUCAUCGUGGAAAUGUCUCUGUGAUUUGGUUUCUUCAUGUGUAAAAUGAGGAAAACAAGUGUCUACUUCACAGAGUAGCUAUGAGGAUUACAUGCAUUAAUUAAUGUGAAAUCGCCUUGUGUAGAAUAAGCAGUCAAUAAAUAUUAUUAUUACAAA